AUGUUGAAGUUGAAACAAGACGGAUCAUUAUGUAACGUUUCACCAUCGCAGCCGAUCGUCGUUGGUGUCAAGAGUGGAAACAGCGUUGAACCAAUCGUCGUUGGUGUCAAGAGUGGCAGCGUUGAACUAAUCGUCAUUGAUGUGAAGAGUGGCAGCAUUGGACCAAUAGUGGUUGAUGUCAAGAGUGGCAGCAUUGGACCAAUCGUCGUUGAUGUCAAGAGUGGCAGCAUUGGACCAAUCGUCGUUGAUGUCAAGAGUGGCAGAGUUGGACCAAUCGUCGUUGAUGUCAAGAGUGGCAGCGUUGAACCAAUCGUCGUUGAUGUCAAGAGUGGAAGGAGCGUUGGACCAAUCGUCGUUGAUGUCAAGAGUGGCACUGUUGAACCAAUCGUCGUUGGUGUCAAGAGUGGAAGCAGCGUUGGACCAAUUGUUCGUUCUCACGGUUUCAUGGCACAAACGAGUGUAGCAUAG